AUGGCGGACGCCGAGGAAAGUGUUUCUCGGCCGGCGGGACCCUCUGCUGCCCCAGUUUCGUUCAGCUUCAGUCGUAGGGCCGCCCGAAGACGGCUGGCCGACCAGGGAGACGACCCGGGUGGCCCUCCGGAAGAGAAGGAUUUCUUGAAAUCCGUGGAAGGGAGGAAGUUGCAGAGUGUGAAUCCCUCAGAAGCCCCCAAGGAACUCGUCAUCCCUUUGAUCCAGAAUGACCCUCGAAGACAGCUGCCAGUCCAGGCCCCUGGCCCAAACACAGAUAUUGAGGCCAUUGGGGAUGGGAUGCUGUCCCAGGCUGUGAAGGAGCUCAUUGAGGAAUCCAAGAAGUCCCUGGAGGAAAGAGAAAAUGCGGGUGUCGAUCCCACGCUCGCUAUCCCCAUGAUCCAGAAAAGAUGCACCCCCAACGAGGAAGGGGCAGGCAGCGAACCCCGGGCUGAGACAGUGCCCAAGGAGGCCGAUUACGAGGCAGUCCCUGUGGAGGCCUACGGGCUGGCCAUGUUGCGGGGCAUGGGCUGGAAACCUGGCCAGGGCAUCGGCCGCACCUUCAAUCAAGUGGUGAAGCCCCGUGUCAACUCACUGAGACCUAAAGGGUUAGGACUGGGCGCCAACCUAGCUGAGGUCCAGGCCCUUGCCCCCACUGGCCCCCACCGCUUGCCAAGGCCAGGUGAGGAGCGUGAGAAGGAUAAGGAAGACAAGCCUCAAGGACUGGUACCUGGAGGGGCUGUGGUGAUUCUUUCUGGCCCUUACCGAGGUCUGUAUGGGAAGGUGGAAGGCCUCGAUCCUGACAAUGUUCGGGCCAUGGUUCGUUUGGCUAUGGGGAGCCGCAUGGUGACUGUUAGUGAGUACUGCCUACGGCCUGUCUCCCAGCAGGAAUUUGACAAGAACUCCUUGAAUCCCAGCCAGGAGAACAAAACUUCCUUAGGGAAACGGAAUGGAACAUCCUCAUCAAGGAAGGCCUUCCAGGAGCAGGACCUUCCCACCCAGCGGGGAGUAGAAGAGAAGAAGCGGAAACGCCUUCCAGACCGACACGACGAGCCUACAUCCAAGAGUGAGAAAGCAGCCUCCAGGAGUCAGCACUGGUUGCACCGGGACCUGCGUGUGCGGUUUGUGGACAAACUGUACAAGGGUGGGCAGUAUUAUAACACCAAGAUGAUGAUCGAAGAUGUCCUCAGCCCAGAUACUUGUGUAUGUCGGACAGAUGAAGGCCAAGUCCUGGAAGGCAUCAGGGAAGACAUGCUGGAGACUCUCAUCCCCAAGGUCCAGGGCAAACGGGUGAUGGUGGUGCUGGGGCCACAGGCUGGAAGGGUGGGCCAUCUGCUGGGCUGGAACAGAGAGCAGAGCCAGGCUGUGGUUCAGCUGCGGAGAGAGAAUCGACUGGUGGAACUUCACUAUGAUGCUGUUUGCGAGUACAUGGGCCCCACUGACUCAGACGAAGACUGAUGCAUGGACCCAUUCCCUUCUCCGUGCAGUUACCACUAUACAGUGUGAAAAGCCCACCUUUGUGAAGGUGGGGAGGUUACUAUUCUGUUCUGCACUUGCAUUGCAGCCCUGGGACAGGGACAGGGACAGGGCACGAAAUGGAUAGACCAGAAGGGAGGCUGGAAACAAACCUAGUAUUUACCAGCAGUUAGUAUAAAAUAAAAACCAUUUCAAAUA